UGGUGUCAGGAGUGGGAUUAUGGCGAGCCGGAGAAGAGGAUCUCGUUUGGUGAAGCAAAGAUCUGGUCUUCGAUCACAAUCAAAGAUGGAAGAACAGGUGACUGACAAAGCAUGGGAAAGCAUGCCAACGACGGAUGGAUCAGAUGAGGAAGGUGAACCAAAGCCUGGCCCCAGUGGAUCAAGUGCAUCUGGCAGUGAGUUUCUCACUUUGAUGAAGGGCUUUAUGGCAGGUCAGCAAAAGCGAGAGAAAGGGCUGCUGAAGGAACUGCGACAUCUUAGGAUGUCCCUGCAGCAACCACAGCAAGUACCACGUCCUCACCUUCAGUUAGGAGUUGGUGCAGAGCAAAGUGACGAUGAUGAUGAUGACGACGGUGAUCAAAGCUAUCAACCUCAGUCAGUAAGUUACACCACUGAUCCAAAAAUUCCCCCUUAUCAAUUAGGAGAAGACCUUGAAAACUAUCUGCUGCGGUUUGAGCGCAUUGCCAAGACCUGGAGGUGGCCAGAGUGUGAAUGGGCGUGCCGUCUCAUUCCACUCCUUUCUGGGAAAGCGCUGGAGGCCUAUGCUGCCAUGGAUGAGGACUGUGCUCACUGCUACAAGGACUUGAAAACUGCUUUGUUAACAAAGUUUGACAUCUCACCUGAGACAUACAGACAGAAGUUCAGAGCAACAAGUAUACCUGCUGGUGAAACUCCUACUGAAACCUACCACCGCCUUAGAGGUCUCUACCGACGAUGGAUCCGUCCGGACCAGCAUUCCAAGGAGGACAUCGGGGAGCUCAUCAUCCAGGAACAACUGCUGAGCAUUCUGCCCUCUGAUGUAAGGACCUGGGUGAAGGAACAUGAACCUGAGGAUGGUCUGACUGCUGCAAAGUUGGCUCUACAGUACAUGAACGCACGGCGAGGAGGAGCAGCACGGUUCUCCAACCCUGGACCGCGACCUGUUCAACCAGCUGGACAUCAACGGUAUCCCAGGGACCCAAGACAGGAGGUUAAAGGUAUCACCAGUUCUCUGAAUCCACCAUCUAAUGGUAAGACAUUGAUUUGCUAUUAUUGCCAGCAGCUGGGCCACAAGGCUUCUGUGUGCCCAAUAAAGAAGACUAAGUUUACUGGUUCCUGCUAUGCUCCUAGAGUUGAAAAUCAAGCUGGAGUCAAAAACUUUGAAACUAGAACUCAUAAAACUGUGACUGUGAAUGGACAGCAUGUGACUGCAUUAAUAGACAGUGGUAGUUCCACAUCACUUAUAAAAAAGAGUCUUGUACCUGUUGGAUGUAUGAACUAUGAAAAAAAAACUGAGAUCUUGUGUGUGCAUGGAGAUUGUCAUGUUUAUCCAAAAGCAGAAGUGACUGUCAUUAUUGAUGAUCAACCAUAUUUGCUAACUGUCGGUGUGGUGGAAAACCUACCUUUUGAUAUAAUUUUGGGUACUGAUCUACCUGUGAUGUUUCAUCUUUUGGAAGAGGUACGAACCGAGGGGAGUAAAGUUAGCAAUGUUUCCGGACCUGUGAUUACUCGUUCUCAGGCCAAAGAACAAGUUGAGUCCUUACCUGACUUUGAUGAGAGUUUGUUUGAAAUUCCAAAGAGGUCUAGAAAAUCCAGAAAACAGAAAAAAUUUGAGAAAAAGUUAAUGCUGAGUGGGAAUGUGUUAACAGAUUUAACGGUAGAUGACAUGUGGAAAAUACCUGAAAAUAUUGCUACUUUACAGAAACAGGAUGUGUCUUUACAACCUUUGUUUGAUCGAGUGGAGGAAAAAACUGAUGCUAAGUGGAGAGGAAGAGAAACUUUUGUGUUAAAAGAUGGUGUAUUGUAUGCUUGUAAUGAAAAACAGCGGUUGGUAGUUCCAACUUGCUGUAGGGCACUUGUCAUGCAUUUGGCACACACCAUUCCAUGGGCAGGGCACUUGGGGCGUCACAAAACAUUUAUGCGUGUCAGCUCACGUUUUUUUUGGCCGUCAAUGUACAAUGACAUUAAUGCAUUGUGUGCUUCUUGUCCCACAUGCCAGAAGACUCGUCCUGCUCGGAAAUCAGAUCGGGCGCUCCUCCAGCCACUACCCGUCGUCUCCACUCCUUUUCGUAAGGUUGCAAUGGACAUUGUUGGACCCCUAGUGAAGAGUGGGCGUGGUCAUCAGUACAUCCUGGUACUUGGGAUCUCAGCCAUCAGGACGACGCCUUACCAUCCGCAAACUGAUGGACUGGUCGAAAGGUUCAACCAGACAUUGAAGAGGAUGCUGCAGAAGUUUGUGGAUGACACUGGCAGAGAUUGGGACCGCUGGUUACCAUUCCUUCUCUUUGCCUAUCGUGAGGUGCCGCAAGCAUCAACUGGAUUCUCCCCAUUCGAACUCCUGUAUGGGUGGGAUGUUCAGGGACCAUUAGACCUGCUGAGAAAAAGCUGGGAUGCAUCAGAGACCUCAUCCAAUGCCAAAGGUGUGGUCCAGUAUGUGCUGCAGAUGAGAGGUCGGCUUGCUGAGUACCAGGAAGAAGCUGAAAAGAACCUGCUGCAGGCUCAGCAGAAGCAAAAGAGGUGGUAUGACCAGCAGGCACGGCAAAGGGUCUUAAGUCCUGGACAGAAGGUGUUGCUUCUCCUGCCUUCAUCCACAAGCAAGCUUUUGGCAAAGUGGCAAGGGCCCUAUACCAUCAGCCGACAGCUAGGACCCACCACCUAUGAAGUCUACCAUCCUGACAAAAAGAAAGCUACACAGGCUUAUCAUGUGAACUUGCUAAAGGAGUGGAAAGAACUAUCAUGUCCAGCUCCAGAAACAUCAUGCCUGUUGAGGCCAGUGGAAGAGGAAGAAGAGGUUCCUGGUGUUGAAGUGAUGGCUGAACAGUCAACCCCCAAUCUCAGCCACUUGACCUCACACCAAGCCUCACAACUUCAGCAGAUCUUCCAGAAACUGUCUCCUCUCUUUUCUCCUAAUCCAGGCCGGACCUCCUUGAUUGAGCAUGCAAUUCGACUGAAAGAGAAGCAGCCAAUUCGUCAACGCCCAUAUAGAGUUCCACAGCAGUUGGUGGGGCAGCUGCGAGAUGAAGUCGAGACCAUGCUAACGUCAGGUAUUAUUGAACCUUCAAACUCUGAAUGGUGCAGUCCAGUAGUCAUUGUGUGUAAGAAAGAUGGCUCACUGCGGAUUUGCAUUGAUUUCAGAAAGCUUAAUGCAGUUUCAGAGUUUGAUGCCUAUCCCAUGCCCAGGGUGGAUGAGCUGCUGGAAAGGAUUGGAAAAGCCAAGUUCAUUACCACUCUGGACCUGUGUAAAGGCUACUGGCAGGUUCCAUUGGAGCCUUCGAGCAGACCGUACACAGCAUUUCGUACCCCUUCUGGUCUUUUCCAAUUUACUGUAAUGCCAUUUGGCCUGCAUGGUGCUCCAGCCACCUUCCAGCGGCUAAUGGACAAAGUCUUGCAAGGAAGUGAAGACUACAGCGCUGCUUAUCUGGAUGAUGAGACCAGAUACCUGGGUUACCAGCUGGGGAGAGGAGAGGUGCGGCCACAGAUGGACAAAGUUGAAGCGAUCCAAAAGUGUCCUCGUCCUCGAACCAAGAAGGAAGUGCGGUCGUUCCUGGGACUAGCUGGUUGGUAUCGAAGUCCUGAUUUCAGUAAGAAAUUUCUGGUUCAAGUGGAUGCAUCCACAGUUGGCUUAGGAGCUGUCCUGGCUCAAGGAGAUCCUGGGGAGGAGCAACCCAUACUCUACCUGAGCCGUAAGCUGUUACCUCGUGAGAACUGCAGCACCAAUCAGCACAACCUCAGCAGCAACCACAACUGUGACACAAACCACCACAACAGCUACACCAACCACAACAACUGUAGCACCAACGGCAACAACUGCUGCAUCAACAACAAGUGCGGUACCAACCACUACAACCGCAGCACCAAUCAGCACAACCUCAGCACCAACAACAAACACUGCUGCACCAACCACGACAUCCACCGCAACAACAACUGCUGCACCAAUCACCACAACAACUUCUGCACCAACAACCACAACUACCACCACAACUGUGACACAAACCACCACAACAGCUAUACCAACCACAACAACUGUAGCACCAACAGCAACAACUGCUGCAUCAACAACAAGUGCGGUACCAACCACUACAACCGCAGCACCAAUCAGCACAACCUCAGCACCAACAAAAAACACUGCUGCACCAACCACGACAUCAACCGCAACAACAACAACUGCUGCACCAAUCACCACAACAACUUCUGCACCAACAAUCACUACUGCUGCACCAACCACGACAUCCACCGCAACAACAACUGCUGCACCAAUCACCACAACAACUUCUGCACCAACAACCACAACUACCACCACAACUGUGACACAAACCACCACAACAGCUACACCAACCACAACAACUGUAGCACCACUCAGCACAACCUCAGCACCAACAACAACCACUGCUGCACCAAUCAUCACAACAACUUCUGCACCAACAAUCACAACUGCUGCACCAACCACGACAUCCACCGCAACAACAACAACUGCUGCACCAAUCACCACAACAACUUCUGCACCAACAACCACAACUCACCAAUCAGCACAACCUCAGCACCAACAACAAACACUGCUGCACCAACCACGACAACUGCUGCAACAUCCACAACAACUACAGCACCAAUAACCACAACUGCUGCAGCAACAACAACUAACCGCAGCACCAAUCAGCACAACCUCAGCAGCAACCACAACUGCUGUACAGACCACCACAACUGUGACACAAACCACCACAACAGCUAUACCAACCACAACAACUGUAGCACCAACAGCAACAACUGCUGCAUCAACAACAAGUGCGGUACCAACCACUACAACCGCAGCACCAAUCAGCACAACCUCAGCACCAACAACAAACACUGCUGCACCAACCACGACAUCCACCGCAACAACAACAACUGCUGCACCAAUCACCACAACAACUUCUGCACCAACAAUCACUACUGCUGCACCAACCACGACAUCCACCGCAACAACAACUGCUGCACCAAUCACCACAACAACUUCUGCACCAACAACCACAACUGCAAACCGCAGCACCAAUCAGCACAACCUCAGCAGCAACCACAACUGCUGUACAGACCACCACAACAGCUACACCAACCACAACAACUGCAGCACCAACAGCAACGACUGCUGCAUCAACAACAAGCAACAACAACAACUGCUGCACCAAUCACCACAACAACUUCUGCACCAACAACCACAACUACAAACCGCAGCACCAAUCAGCCCAACCUCAGCAGCAACCACAACUGCUGUACAGACCACCACAACUGUGACACAAACCACCACAACAGCUACACCAACCACAACAACUGUAGCACCAACAGCAACAACUGCUGCAUCAACAACAACAACAACCAGUACGGCACCAACCACUACAAACAGAGCACCAACAACCACAACUGCUGGCCCAACAACCACAACUGCAGAAACAACUACCACAACUUCUUCACCAACAACAACCCAACAACAACAAGCGCAGCACCAACCACUGCAACCGCAGCACCAACCACAACAACUGCAACACAAACCACAACAACCACCAACAACCACAACUGCUGCAUCAACAACAAGUGUGGCACCCACCACUACAUCCGCAGCACCAACCCACACAACCUCAGCCAUAACAACCAUAACAACUUCUGCACCGACCACAACAACUGCAGCACCAACCGCAGCAACCGCUGCACCAAUCACCACAACAACUUCUCACCAACCACAACUUCUACACCAACAUCAACCGCAGCACCAACCACAGCAACUGCUGCACAAACGACAACAAACACAGCACCAACCACAACAUCUGCUCACGGCACGAACCACUACAGCCACAGCACCAACAACCACAACUGCAGUACUAGCCACCACAACUUCUUCACCAACCACAACUGCUGCACGAACCACAAUAACUACAACACCAACAACCACAACUGCUGCAUCAACAACAACAACAACAACAAGCGCAGCACCAACCACUGCAACCGCAGCACCAACCACAACAACUGCAACACAAACCACAACAACUGCAGCACCAACAGUCACAACUGCUGCAUCAACAACAACAACAACAUCAACAACAAGCACGGCACGAACCACUACAACCACAGCACCAACAACCACAACUGCAGUACUAGCCGCCACAACUUCUUCACCAACCACAACUGCUGCACUAACCACAAUAACUACAACACCAACAACCACAACUGCUGCAUCAACAACAAGUGUGGCACCCACCACUACAUCCGCAGCACCAACCCACACAACCUCAGCCAUAACAACCAUAACAACUUCUGCACCAACCACAACAACAACAGCACCAACCACAACUUCUACACCAACAUCAACCGCAGCACCAACCACAGCAACUGCUGCACAAACGACAACAAACACAGCACCAACCACAUCUGCUGCAGCAACAACAACAACAACAACAACAAGCGCAGCACCAACCACUGCAACCGCAGCACCAACCACAACAACUGCAACACAAACCACAACAACUGCAGCACCAACAGUCACAACUGCUGCAUCAACAACAACAACAACAUCAACAACAAGCACGGCACGAACCACUACAACCACAGCACCAACAACCACAACUGCAGUACUAGCCGCCACAACUUCUUCACCAACCACAACUGCUGCACUAACCACAAUAACUACAACACCAACAACCACAACUGCUGCAUCAACAACAACAACAACAACAACAAGCAUGGCACGAACCACUACAACCACAGCACCAACAACCACAACUGCAGUACUAGCCGCCACAACUUCUUCACCAACCACAACUGCUGCACUAACCACAAUAACUACAACACCAACAACCACAACUGCUGCAUCAACAACAAGUGUGGCACCCACCACUACAUCCGCAGCACCAACCCACACAACCUCAGCCAUAACAACCAUAACAACUUCUGCACCAACCACAACAACAACAGCACCAACCACAACUUCUACACCAACAUCAACCGCAGCACCAACCACAGCAACUGCUGCACAAACGACAACAAACCAACCACAACAACUGCUGCACCAGCCACCACAACUUCUGCACCAACAACAACCGCAGCACCAACAACAACCGCUGCACUAACCACAAUAACUACAGCACCAAAAACCACAACUGCUGCACCAACCACAACAACUGCAGCACUAACCACAACCACAGCAACAACUGCUUCACCAACCACAACGACUGCAGCACCAACUGCUACAACUGCUGCAUCAACAACAAGUGCGGCACCAACUUCUACAACCGCAGCACCAAUCAGCACAACCUCAGCACCAAACACAACAACUGCUGCACAGACAACCACAACUACAGUCCCAACAACCACAACUGCUGCAGCAACAACAAGAAGCGUGGCACCAACCACUACAAAUGUAGCACCAACAACCACAAGUGCUGUGUCAACAACCACAACUGCAGAUCCAGCCACCACAACUUCUUCACCAACAACAGCCGCAGCACCAACAACCACAACUGCUGCACCCAACCACAACUUCUGCAACAGCAAGAAAUGCAUCACCAGCCACAACAACUACAGCACUAACCGCAACCACAGCAACAACAACAACUGCUGCACCAACCACAACAACUGCUGCACAAACAGCCACAACUACAGCCCCAACAACCACAACGGCUGCACCAACCACAACAACUACAGCACCAACAUCCACAACUGCUACAUCAACAACAACAACAACAAGUGCGGCACUAACCACUCCAACCACAGCACCAACAACCGCAACAACUGCUGUACCAACAACCACAACUGCAGAACCAGUCACCACAACUUCUUCACCAACAACAACAUCUGCAGCACCAACCACCACAACUGCUGCACCAGCCACAAUAACAGCAGCUCCAACUGCAACACCAACCACCACCAGUGUAGCACAAACCACCACACCCAUUGCAACAUUCACCACUACUUCAAAACCAACCACAACACCAUUCGCCACAACUCCAACUGGCAGAACAACCACAACAACCACCUCAACAAUGUCAACUGCAGCCACAGACACAUCAAACUCUGCAACAGUGCCACCCACAGGUGCAGCAACAAGUGCCACAACAACAAACCCAACCACAUCAACAAUGACAAACACAGCUAG